AUGGAGAACAAUGACAUUCUGGAGCGCUUCAGAACCUUUGAUUUGCCAAAACUCUGGACAGUGACCUAUCCAUGGCGGCAGGCUUCCUAUGCCGGAAAUGGGGACCUCGUGGCGUCCGACACUACACUGAAACCGCAGACAGAAGCUGAAUUAAAGCAGGCGGUCGAACAUCACUUAGAUUGGUACAACUCUGGGCCUAGCUGCUUUCUUUCAAUGUUCAGUGACUGGCGGCACUGUCGGAAUUGGGCCAGUCAGCGAGGCGAUGCUGGCGUAUAUAUUAUCGAAGUGGAUAUCACACAGCUUAAUCAUUCCUAUGUUUUUCAAGCUAAGCAUGUGACCUCAGAGUUAGGGAUCUUAUAUUCGAGAUCACUUGAACAUGAAUAUUUCAUCCUGCACCGUAUACCUCGCAAUGCUAUGAAAUCCAGAAUCUCGCUGGGAGAAGCGGAGGAGAGGGGUAUGAUGCCGAUAUUCGAUAUGGGAAACGACGUCCCUUCAACCCUUGCUUGCAUUGGGUUGAUGAUCUUCAUGGAUAUUAUGACACUGAUGAGGAGUGCGAAAUGCACAAUGCAAAUGAUGACAUCAUGGACCUACUCGAAGGGGACGACUGAGAUUGACUUGCUGCAUUUCUGGCCCGAUCCCGUAUCCAGAUCCUGGGGCAUUCCGGAUAUCUACGCUUUCUGAACAAUGUCCCUUGUUUGAAGGUGAAAUGAAAGCGUUUCACCAAGAUACGACAAAUACCACGAAUCCUGACUGAUUCUGAGGAAAGGGUGCUAUACAGCCAUUAUUAGCCUCGCAAAACCAAGAUUCGUGAUCCAACAUCUGUACUCACUUUGAGGAGGCUGCGGAGGUCCGUGUUGAUAGGCAUCCUGAUGAAGGCUUCAGCCAUUUUCCAGGACAGACUCUUCUUGUCCGGGCUGCUCCAGAGGUUAAGUAGAUUAAUUGCAAUACAGUAAACGGCUUCCACGUCGCGCGAAACAUCCUCUGUCUUCCAUGCCUGUAUCAUGCUCUUCCCGAUAUCUCCUGUUGGGGUAUCAGUGGAAUGACCAAAACGAUUCGAUUAGCUGAAACAAUUUACCAAUUUUAACCUCUCCAUCUCUGUCAAUGUAUAUAUUGUCACAGUGCAGACUGCCAUGGCUGAUGUUG